AUGUGGAUCUUAGCGCUGUUGUCCUGUGUUAGCGUCGCAUUGGCGGUGCCAAUUGAGUACGGUGGACUGUAUGCGCAUGCGCCAGUCUUUCAUGCCCCAAUCGUUCAUGCACCUGUCGCUAUCGCUGAGCCUGUAGCCUAUCCAAAGUACGCUUUCAAUUACGGAGUCAAGGAUCCCCACACUGGUGACGUUAAAUCGCAGCAGGAAGAAAGGGAUGGCGAUGUUGUUAAAGGUAGCUACUCCUUAGUAGAACCCGAUGGUACAACACGGACAGUGAACUAUUCAGCGGAUGACCACACUGGCUUCAAUGCAGUUGUUCACAAGUCGGGCCAUGCAGUUCACCCGGUAGCGGUAGCUCCAGUUGCUCAUUAUGCACAUGCACCGACACUUGUCCUGUCUUCCUAUGGACACCACUGAUAAUUUAACACGACGGUACUCCUUAGUCUUCUAACCCUCGCAAAGUUGUAGUUUAAAUAGUUAUACCUAGAUAUAAAACGGAAACAUUGUUUGUGGUUGCAUAAGUAUGGGUAACAUUUAAAACGUUGAAAGAUUUUUAUCCUUUUAAUAAAUAACAGGACUGGGAUAAUGGAAAUAAUAUAUAUAUAUAUAUAAAUGUCUAGGCUGUAUGGUUGCAGGUCUUUGUCUAGCCCCAAAGAAACAAAAUGAAAUGCCAUUAAAAUAAUGGAUACAUACAGCUUUUGUUUUAAGAUCGUUACAAUACGAAAAUGCGUAAUGGUGAGCUGGAUCCGUUGUCUUCAACUUUUGAAUGUUAUUCACAAGACUACAUAAGAAUGUACUUUUAAGUA